UAUUUUUAUUUUUGUUAUUGAGUUUCAAUUCGCAAACAGAACACAGAUUUGUCUGGAAAUUAACGAAAUUACUCGAUAUUCGGAUGCCGUUUUCAUCCAGAUGACAAAACGCCGACUGCUGUGCUUGGUUGUGACCGGUCUCCUGUUUCUGUUAGUUGUGAUUUACAGUACGAAUUUAUAUUUCAUCAACUGGCUUGCAACGGAUGAAACAUCGUCCAUGCGGGAUGCAUUGCUAGAACAGCAGGAAAAGCGUUUCAAGCCGCAAAUGCUUGCAGCAAACAAAAGUGAAUUCCGCUUCGGGCUUCAACAGUCAACAAAUGAUGUUUAUCCUGCGUUAAGUCGAGGAGAGGCACUCAAAGUAGUGAUUGAAUCAAGGAUUCCCAAAUUGAAAACCGCUUUCAAGAACAAAAAUCCUCGCUAUUAUCCGGUUAAACGCGGAUUACUUCGGUCUUUCAGUGCUUCUACGAGCUUCAACUUGUCUACCGUAUGGAAAAUUGCUAGUUCGUGGCCUCAUGAAAACGAGAUUUAUCCUCAAAAGGAUGAAAAGAUUGGCAAAGUUAUACGUGCUUUGCAGGAGGCCGAGAUCUUAGCUGCCAGAAACACGCCUCGAGGAACCCAGUUGAAGCUGCUGUUCGAUUUAGCUGGAAAGCAAACUGUUCUUUUUAAACCUAGUUGGUAUAGCAGAAAUACUACUAUCGAUGGCUUGGUUUAUUCCGGAAAGGAUCGUCACAACUCGGAAAUUGUUGCUUUUCAUCUAGCGGCUAUACUGAACCUCCGAUGGACUCCAAUUGUUGUCGGCCGACGGAUUUCCCUGCUGGAAAUUUACCGAUUAGCUGAUCAAGAGCUCAAGGAGACAAUGAUUAAAAUCGACACUCGUCAAUGUGUCUAUGGCAAGUGCUAUUACUGUAAAAAGAGUGAGGCUGUUUGUAACGACCCAAAAACGGGUACUCUAGAGGGUGCUCUCCUUCUUCUGAUUCCGGGAAAGUUUGCUAAGUAUCGUUCACCCUGGCAGAGAACGUAUCAAAACGGGGUAUCAGCUGAGUGGGAGAAAACGGAUGCUUACUGUGCUAAAGUUAAGGAAAAACUACCAACAGUGCGAUUACUAGAUUUAAUCGAUGUGGCCAUUUUCGACUUUCUUAUUCAAAACGGCGAUCGACAUCAUUACGAGACCCGUGACGAACGAGUGCUACUGAUGGACAACGGGAAAGGAUUUGGAAACGCGUUCAAAGACCAUUUUGACGUUUUGGCGCCCUUGUACCAGUGUUGCAUGAUACGUAAAACCACCUGGGAGCGAUUGCAAAUUUUCUCUGGCGGGGCUAUUACGGAAACUCUAGUCGAAUUGAACGAAAUAGAUCUACUGUAUCCAUUGCUGACCAAAGAGCACUAUAUAGGAAUAGAAAGGCGUUUAAUUUUAGUGUAUACAACCGUUGAGCUUUGCAAGGAAAAAUAUGGUAACAAAGUGUUCAGAUAGUGUUUCUUGUUGAUUUGAGUACUUUCUCUAGUGUUUUAUUGAAUUUACAUUAUUGUCGAUUACAAACGAUCUGUCGAUACAUAAUUCUAAAUCCACGUCCAACCCGUUCGUUGUUUGUCCGAACCGCAACUACAAUCGGUCCUCCACUGUCGUCUGUAACCGGACUGUUUUGGGUGUAAUUAGCAAUGCUUGAACCAGCGUUCAAGCGGUCUCCACACAGCCGUAUAUAGUUGAUAGUAAUAAAAUCAUCCGGACAGCUGUAUAUUUCAACGCCAGCUGUGUUCGGUUUGGUCAAGCUGCUGCCCUCUUCGUCCACGUUGAUCAUUUGAAACGUGGUAGCCUGUCCAUCUUCCGCCACGGCCUCAAACAUUGUGCUGCAGAAGUUGGGUGAUCGUUUGAUGCAGAUUGCAUAGUUUAGGCUAUUC